UCUACCUGACUACUAACGUGGCCACUUGAAUAAUACAACAUGCACUCUUCAAAGUUAAAUAACUGUAUAGAGAAUCACUUCAAUAUCAAAGAGGAGCAUGAAUUAGACAGCGUGGGCAAGAAGGCCUGGGUGAACCCCGCUUACAACGGCUCACCAGCAACAUCUCCUCUAAAAAUACGAGCACUCUACAACCCCAGAGCGCUACUGGAAAACCCUUACGAGAAUGUGGGCAAACUGGAAAUCCUGCCACCUUACCCAGUGGACAUCAAGACUGUGGAAAGCCAGGGGCCAAAGAAAGAGUCUCAUGGGUGCUGCUACUUCAUCUACAGGGGGAUCCGAGGAUUGUGGGGCACCACUUUAACAGAGAACACUUCAGAAAAUCGGGAGCUGUAUGUGAAGACCACCUUGCGGGAGCUGGUUGUGUAUAUUGUGUUUCUGGCGGAUAUCUGCUUGUUGACUUAUGGAAUGACCAGCGGCAGCUCCUACUACUACACCAGCGCCAUGUCUGACUUGUUUCUCAACAGCCCAAGCGACAGUGGAGUUACUUUCCAAAGCAUUGGCUGCAUGUCUGACUUCUGGUCUUUUGCCCAGGGACCUUUGUUGGACGGCCUAUACUGGACAAAAUGGUAUAACAAUCAGACCAUCACUUACAGCCCCCAGUCAUUUAUAUUCUAUGAAAACCUGCUGCUUGGCGUCCCUCGGGUCCGUCAGCUGAAGGUGCGGAACAACUCCUGUGUGGUUUACAAGGACUUCAAAGAUGAGAUCCUCGGCUGCUAUGAUGUCUAUCAACAAGACAAAGAGGACAAGAGCUCAUUUGGGGAAUUAAAUGGCACGGCCUGGAGAUACUCAUCUGAAAAGGAGCUGAAGGGGUCUUCUCACUGGGGCAUUAUAGAGACCUACAGUGGUGGUGGCUAUUAUCAAGAUCUCGCAACAAACAAGCAAGACAGUGCCAUGAUGCUUCAGGAUUUAUAUAGGAAUAUGUGGCUGGAUCACGGCACCCGUGUUGUCUUUGUUGACUUCACAGCUUAUAAUGCCAAUGUUAAUUUGUUCUGUGUCAUAAGGCUUGUGGUUGAGUUUCCAGCGACGGGUGGAGCAAUCCCAUCAUGGCAGAUUCGAACUGUGAAACUGAUUCGCUACGUCAGCAACUGGGACUUCUUCAUCAUCGGCUGUGAAAUUGUUUUCUGUAUUUUUAUCUUUUAUUACAUUGUGGAGGAGGCGCUGGAGCUGCGUAUCCACAAACUCUCCUACUUCAGAUCUGUUUGGAAUGUACUGGAUAUUGUGGUCAUCUUGCUUGCCAUUGUUGCAAUUGUAUUCAAUGUAUUUCGCACUAUAAAAGUAAAUUCACUUUUGGACAAGUUGCUACAGAAUCCUGGUAUUUAUGCAGAUUUUGAAUUUCUGGCAUUUUGGCAGACUCAGUACAAUAAUAUGAAUGCUGUGAAUUUGUUCUUUGCCUGGAUAAAGAUCUUCAAGUACAUAAGCUUCAACAAGACCAUGACGCAACUGUCAUCAACAUUAGCCCGCUGUGCCAAGGACAUCUUGGGCUUUGCCAUCAUGUUUUUCAUUGUAUUCUUUGCCUAUGCUCAGCUGGGCUACCUUCUGUUUGGGACCGAAGUGGAGACCUUCAGUACCUUUGUAAAAUGCAUUUUCACCCAGUUUAGAAUUAUCCUGGGAGAUUUUGACUUUGAUGCAAUUGAUAAUGCCAACCGGGUCCUUGGGCCAAUCUACUUUGUCACCUAUGUCUUCUUUGUUUUCUUUGUGUUGCUGAACAUGUUCCUGGCCAUAAUAAAUGACACCUACUCCGAGGUUAAGGAAGAGCUUUCCCAGCAGAAGGAUGAACUCCAUUUUGCAGACAUCUUCAAACAGGGAUAUCUGAGGACGAUGAUGAAACUAAAAUUAAAGAAGGAGAAGAUCUCUGAUGUGCAGAAGACCUUGAAGGCAGGAUCCAAGGAGCUGGGGUUUGAGGACUUCCGGGACAGCUUGCACAAAAUGGGCCACGCCGAUCAUGAGAUUUCUGCAGCAUUCACGCGGUUUGAUCACGAUGGCAAUCAGAUUCUGGAUGAGGAAGAGCAAAAAAGGAUGAUUCGUGAUCUAGAAGAGAAGCGGGUGGCGCUGAAUGCAGAGAUAGAGAACCUCGGACGAAAUUACAGUAAAAACACUUUUGAUGAACCAGUGGAGUGCGUAGAUGUGAAGAACAGCAACAAACCUGACCGAAGUGCCGAGAUCUUGCCGGAGGAGUUCCAGAUGUUACUUCGCCGCGUCGUUCACCUGGAGAACUCAGUCGGCAACAUAGUGUCUAAGAUGGAUGCACAGGCCAUAAAGGCAGAACUUGAAGACAAAAACAAGGUGAAGCGAAAGGAUAUGAUGAUCAAAAUGAUGGAUGAGAAGCCUGUGCCAGGGAACCUGCUGCAGCACAAGAUCCCAGAAGCCACAGGGGGCGCUGUACUGGCAAAGCCCACAUUUGGGCUCAAUCACCCUUCUGAUGAGGUCUGGCUAGGCAGCUCCACAGGGUCAGUCUUCCCACCACCAGGCACCCGGGUGCGUGCCAAUGUACACUUCUGAGGGUACUAACCCACAACAUAAUUAUUAAAAAGAGAGGCGCAGCUCUCCCGAUUCUUCAUGUAGACUAUUAGAAGUGUCACGUGUACCCUAGGAUAAACACUCUAGACAGGGGACUGCAUUCAGCCAGUCACUGGGCGUUUUCACAAUAGCCAGCGUUGUCUGAAUCACUAACUCCGUGUAAAAAGUAGAAGUGAAAUCCGACAGCAUGUUAAUGCCACAUUAAACGAGGUCGGCCACUCGGUUGCUAAUCUUAUAAAGACGAUUCGAGCCAAGGACAAAGCAGAGGCCUAGUCCAGUUUUCAUAUGAGUAUCUCAGCACAAACAGCCCGAGCUGUCCUUUCUGGACUGAUGUCUGCUGAGCUCCGUCACACCCCUCUUAUGUAAGACCCUUUCUUUCCAGUGUGCUUCAUGACACAAUAAAAUCCACAGUGCUAGGCUUCCUAUGAGAUGCAAUAUGU